UUUAUGCUUCAUAUUUGCUACAACCAAACGUACAGGCCUGGGUUCUGCAAAGACGACAAGGAAUGCUUGAACGAGUCUGUUAGGCACUUGCGGGGCCAGACUGUAGGCAAGACUGUAGACACGAGCUUCCCUGACUGCUUACAGUGGGGCAGAGGAAGCUCGAACGGAGCCUUUCGCAUAGGCGAUCAAUUUGCGCUGGACGCGUGCACAGCGUAGACGGCCCUGGUGAAAAUGGCACGUAGCACGUAUGAUGACUUUAUCAUCAAGGAGAAAAUUGGAAGCGGCAGCUAUGGCGUGGUGUUCAAGGUGGUGCGCAAGGUGGACAAGCACGUCUACGCCAUGAAGGAAAUUGACCUCCAGGGCAUGUCCCGUAAGGAGCAAGAGGAGUGCAUUCGCGAGACGCGCGUGCUGUCGUCUCUGGACUCGGACUUCAUCAUCCGGUACUAUGACUCGUUUCUUGAGAAGGGCAAGCUCUACAUCAUCACGGAGUACGCAGCCAACGGCAACUUGCACGAUUACAUCAAAAAGCAAAAGUCCCGGCUGACGGAGGACCUCAUAUGGAAGCUGUAUAUUCAGAUCCUGCUGGGCCUCAACCACAUGCAUUCAAAAAAGAUUCUCCAUCGCGACAUUAAGACGCUCAACGUCUUCCUCGAUGAGGACCUGAAUGUCAAGCUGGGCGACAUGGGUGUGGCGAAGAUUCUGAGCACAAACACGGUGUUCGCGAAGACCAUCGUGGGCACGCCAUACUACCUGUCGCCCGAGCUGUGCGAGGACAAACCAUACAAUGAGAAGUCGGACGUGUGGGCGUUGGGAGUGGUGCUCUACGAGUGCUGCACGCAGCGGCACCCGUUUGACGCCGACAACCAGGGCGCGCUGAUCCUCAAAAUCCUGCGUGGCAAGUUCCCGCCGGUGUCGGGGUACUCGCCAGACAUCUGCGACCUCAUCAAGCGCUGCCUCACACAGAACGCCAACCGGCGACCCAACACCUACAAGCUGCUGCUGCUUCCUAGCAUCCGGCAAAAGGGCGAGGAGCUGGGCAUCUCGCUGCCCGACCAGGCCAGCCUGGCGCUCAUGGCGGAUAAGAACAUGGCGAACGCGGGCGCGGCGGGCAAGGCGGCACGGCCCAAGACGCCACAAGGCGACAUGAACGCUCCGCCGGAGGUGGCGGGGACAUCGGCGGGCGACGACAAAGCGUUUGUGUUCGGGUCAACGAUCCGGGCAGACGGCGCGGGCGCGCGGCCGGUGGACGUGUCGGUGUCGGCGGUGGAGGCGACGUCGGGCGAGGGCGCGGCGCCGGGUGCGGCGCCCGUGCCGGUGCAGGCGGCCUGGGCGGUGGACGACGCAAAGCCCAAAGUCAACCGCCCACCAGCAUGGGGCUUGGCGCAGCAGAUGGAGGAGCUGGCGGUGGAUGACGGGGAGGACGAGGACGAGGGCAAGAACCCCUACCUGGGUGUGGGCGGCGACGACGACGAGGACGAUGACGGAGAGGGCGAUGACGACGACGACUACGACGACAACGGGGAGUACGGCGACGAGCCGGGCGAGGGCGAGCCGGGCUGGUCCGCCGACCCCACGCGCAUCGCGCACAUGAAGAGCGCCAUGAUGAUCCAGCGCGCGGCGUGCCUGGACCUGGUGGGCGAGAAGGCCUUCAACGAGCUGUAUGCGCUGCUGAAGAGCAACCAGGUGGAUGAGGCGUCCAUGACGGACCUGUCGCGCCUGGUGUUCAAGAUCAUCCCGUACGACAAGUCCGAGGUCAUCCAGAUGAUGUACAAGCUGCUGUACCUGGAGUCGCAGCUGGAGGGGCAGUGAGCUCGGCGGCAGCGGCAGGAGGCGGCAGCAGGAGGCAGGAGGAGGCAGCAGCGGCGGGAGGCGGCAGCGGCGGGCGGCGGGCGGUGGGCGGCGGAGGCAGCGGAGCAGCUGGGGCGCUGGGGUAGGGCGCGACCGGGUGGCGUGCGCGGAGGAUUCUGCCCCAGCGCGCGAAGUCCGGCGGUUUGGGGGCGGCGGAGGCGCCGAGCCGGCUGGUGGGGCGCGCAGCGUACGGAUAUCGGACGCCACUGCUGCAAUAGGGUGUGUGAUAAGUUCUCAGGUGCAGCGUGUGUGUCUCCUAGGGACAGGCUGCACGUGCAUCGCUGCAUGAGUUACGGCGCAUGUGGUCUGGCUACGUGCCGGGUGCGUGCGAGCGAGUCCGGUAUGCUCCGUCUGUUGUGAACAUGGGUGUGUGCGCGAGCAAGAGUAGAUAAUGUGGGCUAGGGAAGACUCUGGUGCGGUUUGGGGCGACGGCAUGCACACACUUGGACUGACACGCAUUUGCCUUCGGCGCUAGCUGCGAAUUACGGCACGCUGCUUGGAGCCUGCGGUCUGCUGGGUGCACACAGGGACCAGGAGGUGCAUAUAUCAUGGGCUAGCGGGGGCCGCACUGCAGUACAUGGAGGGCCCGGCAUUUCGGGCGGUGGCGAGCUGACGGGCAUCGACUAGGUUAGAGAGCAAGUCCGUGCCACUCCGUAGGCUGGCGACCGCCAAAGCACAGGUGAUGGUGUAGCGCGUCAGCGCGUGUGUGAUAGCGUGAGUAACAAUCAAGGGCACCAGUGUGACUGGAGGUCGGCGCGUGCGUCCCAAGCGUGCAUGCGUGCGGUGCCGGUAUUGUAAUAGCAGUGUAGGGCGGUCCCGCCGGCCCCUUAAAGCUAUAGAACAACAUGAGCAUGAGCAUGAGCAUUUACAUGGGUUCGAGUCCAUGUGGCCCCACUAACUCCUUUGAGUCCGGGGGCGCGUUAGGUAAACAGGCAAAUGGCCUAGAUCAAUAGCGUCCGUGCCCGUAGCGUCGUAACUGCGUACAAGUGGGCAGCCAACUUUUGCGUGUCCGUGUCAAGCAUAAUCUUUUUCAUAUCGCUACCUGUAAUACCAGAAGCCA